UGGAAGAAAAAUUUAUACUCGUAAUACUCCCUCCGUUUGGAAAAACCUUUCCUACUUUGAUUUGGGGCAAAAAUAAGGAAGUGUUAAAUUAUAGUUGAUUUCCAAUUUUGCCCCUGAUGUAAUGGGUAAAAGUAAGAUGUGAUGGAUAGAUUAUUAGAGAAAAAGUAUGAUGUGAUAGGUAGGGUAUGAAAAAGUAAGGGUAAAAGUGGUUUUUUAAUAGAAAGGGAAAGUGUUUUGUUGGAAGUGGAAAAAAUGAAAGAGGAAGUGUUUUUGAGAACGGAGGGAGUACUUUGUAUAGGGGUUACCAGUAUCACCAUCAAUCACUCCUUUGUCAACUACCCUACCAAGUGCCAACUGAGAUCGACGAUUUCUCAUUCCACCAAGUGGCCACCGUCGUUCGACACCGUCAGCCCCGUCGUCGUUCUCCGUGCGCUAACGCCGUGGCUUCAAAUCUAGCCAUAAAUUGAAAAGAAAGCUCUAACAACAACCGCGAGUACAAACAUUGGCUAGUGUGGCACUCUAGGAAUUGACGAAAGGAAGCAAAAAAACCAGCCAUGCAUUGUGCUCUGAGAGUUCAUCAUCCAGUAGCAAUUGGAAACUCUCCAAUUGGGUAUCCGUCCAAAGUCAGGGUUUUUACUGUCCAGUGCUCAUUCCCUUCUGCUGCUCCGUCUACAGGAGUGGUAGAUAGGCCAUGGAAGUUGGCAGAUGCCAGACUUGUCCUUGAAGAUGGUUCAGUUUGGAGGGCAAAAUCGUUUGGUGCUUCUGGGACUCAAGUUGGGGAAGUAGUGUUCAACACAUCAUUAACUGGGUAUCAGGAAAUACUUACAGACCCUAGCUAUGCUGGCCAAUUUGUCUUGAUGACCAAUCCCCACAUUGGAAAUACCGGUGUCAAUUUUGAUGAUGAAGAAUCCAGAGAGUGCUUUCUGGCUGGUUUAGUAAUUAGAAGUUUGAGUUUAAGUACAUCUAAUUGGAGAUGCACAGAAACACUCAACGACUACUUGGCUGCUAGGAAUAUAAUGGGAAUUUAUGAUGUUGACACUCGUGCAAUCACAAGGAGGCUGAGGGAAGAUGGAAGCCUUAUUGGUGUGCUGACCACAGAGGACCACAAAACUGAUACAGAACUUCUAGAAAUGUCCCGCACAUGGGACAUUGUUGGAGUGGAUUUGAUUAGUGGCGUCUCCUGUGAUGCCCCCUAUGAAUGGGUUGAUAAAACCCCCUCGUCAUGGGAUUUUAAUAUUAAUGGAAGGAACAAAGAAACUCUCAAUGUGGUUGCAUAUGAUUUUGGCAUCAAGCAAAAUAUACUCAGGAGGUUAGCUUCCUAUGGCUGUAAAAUCAUGGUUGUUCCUUCAACAUGGCCUGCAUCUGAAACACUUAAGAUGAAACCAGAUGGGGUCCUAUUCAGCAAUGGCCCGGGGGACCCAUCUGCAGUUCCUUAUGCUGUUGAAAUUGUGAAGGACAUCAUUGGGAAGGUUCCUGUGUUUGGCAUUUGUAUGGGCCAUCAGUUGCUUGGUCAAGCCUUGGGUGGUAAAACCUUCAAAAUGAAAUUUGGUCACCAUGGUGGAAAUCAUCCCGUCCGUAACCUUCGGAAUGGCACAGUUGAGAUUAGUGCUCAGAAUCACAAUUAUGCUGUUGAUACGGAGUCACUUCCUGAAGGCGUGGAGGUUACUCAUGUGAAUUUGAACGAUGGAAGCUGUGCGGGUCUUGCCUUUCCCCAGAAAAAGUUGAUGGCACUUCAAUACCAUCCCGAGGCAUCACCCGGCCCUCACGAUUCAGAUAAUGUGUUUGGAGAGUUUGUUCAACUAAUGAAGAACGAGAAACGGAGGGACAGUUAGCAGCUGCUCCCAAGCUAGGGAAGAAGAUAUCAAUGUAGCCCAGUCCCACUCUGGAUUGUUUGUAUUCUUCUUCCUUCCAGUUUCUUAUGAUUUUUUCCCUUUUAGUUUUUGUUCCGGUUCGGCUAUAUAUACAUACAGCUUGAAAAUUUCUUUCUUUUCUUUUAUCAAUAUGCUAGGGGUAGUUAGGGAAAUAAAAGAAAUGUGUGUUUUACUUGCAUGGACAAUGGUAGGAAGAGAGGGUUUGCAAAUUUUCUACCAAAACUAUGAAUGCUUAUGCACUAUAUCGAAUGGCAUUGUUGGGUUUCUCUUG